AUGGUAGAAAUAAACAGGGAACACCUACGUCGUAUUUAUAAAUAUUCACUGGACGAGCUCAAAGUCCUGGAAAGUAAGUGCUUUUUGAGUAAGUUUGAUGGUUCGAUAGCUUUCGAUUUAGGUUGUAAAGUAAGACAAUGGGCGAUUGAGGCAUUUCCCGAAAAAUCACUUGUCAUAGAUGUUUCACUGCCAAGCGGACAGUGUUUAUUCCAUGCAACUACCGCAAGUGGAACUUGCUUGGAUAACGAUAUCUGGAUUCAACGUAAAAAGAAAACAGCAUUUCGUUUUGGUUGUUCUAGUUUCUUCAUGGGUCAAAAAUUGAGACAAAAGAAUGCAAAGUCCAUGGAAGAAGCAUUUUAUAUUGAUUCAAAGGAAUAUGCUGUACAUGGUGGCGCAGUUCCGAUCAUACUUGAAAAUUCCGACACUAUUGUUGCAUGUUUAACAGUCAGUGGAUUAAAACAAGAGGAAGAUCAUCUUUUUGCCAUCACAUGCGUUAUCGAAUAUGCCAACAGGCUACUUGAAUCUGAAUUAAAUUUAGAUUAA